UGCCGGCCCUUUAACACCUGCUUUAGUGCAGGCUUGGGCAAAAGAAGAAGAAAUCCCCCAAGAACCACCUUUGUGAUCGGUUUGAAAGAAGAAGCAAAAUACUUUUGCCAAGACCCUCCUCCAACUCAUUUAAAGAAACAUCUUUCAACUCUCCAUCACAGCGGAGUAUCCCACUACAAGGUCAUACUCUCUUGGUCUCAUAUUGUCCCUGACGGCACAUCACAGAAGGUAGAUGACAGGGUUGUAAAAUGUUACGCAAACCUUCUAGACGAGUUAAAAUCUGCACAUCUGAAGCCUGUGGUGGUUCUACAUGAUGGUGGCAUUCCACAAGCUCCGAAUUCAAAGUUCGGUGACUGGGAAAAAGAGGCACUUGUUGACUCAUUUGCAGACUAUGCAAAGUUUGUUUUUUCAACUUUUGAAGACAAAGUUGAAACCUGGAUAACAUUUAACAAUCCGUUGGAGAUGAUGAAAGGAAGAUCUCAGUCAAGGCAAAGCGAUCUGAACAUGGAACCUUCAGUAGCUUUAAAGAACAUAAUCCUUGCUCACAAAAAGGCUUACAAGAUUUAUCACAGCAAAAUACCACCUACAGGUGGAAGAGUAUCUGUUGCUCUGAACAUUAAUAACAUGGUUUCAGCAGACAGCAUGUCCCAGGCAUUUCAACAAGUUAUCACUGAGGGAAUGGUAGACUUGAUUGCUGUAACUGUACAAAACGAUUGUGGGCAAAAUCUUGAGGUGGAGACUUCAGCAAAGGCAAAAGAAGAUUCCUUACAGGAAAAGCUGACAAAAAUCCAGAGUCCCAACACUUUACAGAUUCUGGUUUUCAGCUUAGAGUUUUCGAGAUGUUCUGCAGGCUCUCAAGAGCAUCCAAAAGCUGAAUUUGAUGAAAUUCUGAAAGCUGUAACUUCGGGGAAGUUGCGGAUUGCAGGCUAUGAUGCAAGCAAACUCUUGGAGUAUUUCCCCAUUUCCCACCAAGAAACCUCCUCAGAUAAAGAAAGCAUCGUUCCUUCUGUGGAACAAAAGCUGGGAGGGCAGGUUGCUGAGAAGAAGAAUGAAGACAUCCAACAUACCCUUUCAUCUUAUGAAACCGUGCAGCAGAAGUUUUCCAAACAAACAGAGAAGGAGAGGGACGCCUUUCUGUACGGCACUUUCUGCACCGGUUUUCUCUGGAGCACAUCUACUACAUCAUUUAAGGUUGAGGGGGGCUGGGCGGAACAAGGGAAGGGAGAGAGCAUUUGGGACAGAUUUGCUCAUACGGGCAAAGUAGAUAACAACCAGUCUGCAGACGUGGCCUGCGACAGCUUCAACAAAAUCGACUAUGAUGUCUACUUAAUGAGAGGAUUACGAUCCAACUCUUACAAGUUCUCUUUGUCAUGGCCGAGAAUUUUCCCCACAGGCUAUCGUACCAAACCGAACCAAAAGGGGAUAGACUACUACAAUAAAUUAAUUGACAGUCUGCUGGAGUCCAACAUUCAACCCAUGGUCACCCUGUAUCACUGGGAUCUUCCGCAAGCUCUGCAGGAUGUGGGGGGUUGGCAGAAUGAGAGUGUAAUCAAAGCUUUUGCUGACUAUGCAGAUUUCUGCUUCACCACCUUUGGGGAUCGCGUGAAGCACUGGAUCACAUUUGAUGAACCCUGGGUGGUUAGUUACGCUGGAUAUGGCACAGGAGAGCACGCACCUGGGAUCAGGAAUCUGUCCACAGCAUCGUACAGGGUGGCCCAUUCCAUCAUCAAAGCUCAUGCCAAGGCCUGGCACCUUUAUAACGACACCCAUCGUCCUCAGCAGCGCGGUCAAGUGGGGAUAGCAUUAAAUUCAGACUGGGCUGAGCCAAGCUCCCCUGAUGAUCCAGCAGACACCAUGGCAGCUAAUCGCUACCUACAGUUUAUGCUGGGCUGGUUUGCUCACCCAAUCUUUGUUAAUGGUGAUUACCCUCAAGCUUUAAAAUCCCAAAUCGAGAAAUAUAACCAGGAAUGUGCUCCUUCCCCCGUCCAACUCCCAUUAUUUACAGAGAAGGAGAAGCAGUACAUACGAGGAACCUCUGACUUUUUUGGUCUCAGUCAUUACACUUCUCGACUGAUCAGUUCUGCCACUAACAAAACACAUUGUGUCAUGGAAUACAAUCGCAUUGGGGACUUCUCUUCACAGAUACACACUUCAUGGCCUCAGACUGCAUCCCCGUGGAUAUACGUUGUACCCUGGGGGCUGAGAAGGUUGUUAAACUUUGUUACCCACGAAUAUACUGGUGCUGACAUUCCAAUUUACAUAACAGGACAUGGAGUGCCGACAGAAUAUGACAGCGGUGACAUUAUCAAUGAUACCUUUAGGAUAGAGCACACUUCGGCCUACAUUAAUGAGGCAUUGAAAGCUUUCAUUACCGAUGGAAUAGAUGUCAGGGCAUUUACGGUAAGGUCAUUAAUUGACAGCUUUGAAGGUCCACAAGGAUAUAAGCAGAGGUUUGGAUUACAUUAUGUCAAGUUUGAAGAUUCCAACAGGCCCAGAACUCCAAAGGAAUCUGCCUACUUCUACACAAAACUGAUUGAACAUAAUGGCUUUGUUAAAAAAUCCUCAAGCAACUUAAUUAGAGUCUUGACACCCGAGAACAACUUUGAGAGAUUGAAGGUUUUGUCAGCAUCUGAAGUCCCUUCAAUGGCCAAAGCUGUGUGGGAGAAGUUUUCAGGGCAGGACAUUUCGGAAAGGGACACGUUUGAAUAUGGUACAUUCCCAGAAAAUUUUGCAUGGGGUGUAUCCACCUCAUCAUAUCAGAUCGAAGGAGGGUGGGAUGCUGAUGGAAAAGGACUUAGUAUCUGGGACAACUUCACUCAUCAACCUAAUACGAUUUUGAAUGGUGACACGGGAGAUAUUGCAUGUGAUAGUUACCACAAAAUUGAUGAAGAUCUCUACAUGCUUCGAGCCUUGGGAGUGAAGCACUACCGGUUUUCUAUAUCAUGGCCUCGUAUUUUUCCAAAUGGGAGAAUCGAGUCCCUGAAUCCUCCAGGUGUUGAUUAUUACAACAAGUUGAUUGAUGGCCUGCUUGCAAGUGACAUAAAGCCAAUGGUGACACUUUACCACUGGGAGCUGCCUCAGGCACUGCAAGAUAUUGGCGGCUGGGAGAACGAAGAAUUGAUUGAAUUGUUUAACGCCUGGGCAGAUUAUUGCUUCAAAACUUUUGGAGAUAGAGUGAAGUUUUGGAUCACCUUAAAUGAACCCUAUGUAAUCAGCUGGAUGGGAUAUGGCACAGAUCUAUUUCCUCCUGCUGUUAAAAGACCAGGCGAUGUCCCAUACUUAGUGGCACACAGAUUAUUGAAAGCUCAUGCCAAAGCUUAUCACACGUACGAUGAUAAUUACCGGAGCACACAGAAAGGCAUAAUUUCCAUUAGUCUUAAUUCAGAUUGGGCUGAACCUAAACAAAAGAAUGAACCCAGAGAAAUCGCUGCCGCUGAUCGUUACAUUCAGUUUCAAGUUGGCUGGUUUGCACACCCCAUUUUUAAAAACGGCGAUUAUCCAGAUGUUAUGAAAUGGCAGAUUGGAAACAGGAGUGAUUUGCAACGCCUAACAACUUCGAGGCUUCCCGAGUUUACAAAGGAAGAGAAGAGUUAUAUUCAAGGCACUGCUGAUGUGUUUUGCCUCAAUACGUACACUGCAAGAAUUGUACGCCAUCGCAUCAGAAAACUCAAACCUUUUUCUUAUGAAUACGACAGUGAUACAGAUUCAGAGGUGGACCCAAGUUGGCCAACUUCAGCUUUUGAACGCUUUAGGCCUGUGGCAUGGGGCCUAAGGAGACUAUUGAAUUGGAUAAAAGAAGAAUACAACAACCCUUCCAUUUAUGUCACUGAAAACGGGGUACCAACAAAUUACAAGUCCAGUGUAGAUGAUACAGACAGAAUAUUCUACUACAAAACAUACAUCAAUGAAGCUUUAAAAGCCUACAAAUUGGAUGGCGUUCAGCUCAAAGGUUACACAGCCUGGUCCCUCAUGGAUAACUUUGAAUGGAUGAAUGGGUACAGCUUGCGGUUUGGGCUCCACCAUGUAGACUUCACAGAUCCUAAUAGACCAAGAACACCCAAGCGUUCAGCACAUUAUUAUGCAGAGAUCAUUCGUGACAAUGGUUUUCCGUUACGAAAAGAAGAUGAAUUUCUGUAUGGAGAAUUCCCAAAGAACUUUGUUUGGAGUGCAGCUACUGCUGCCUAUCAGAUUGAAGGAGCUUGGCGGGAUGACGGAAAGGGGCUCAGUAUAUGGGACAAGUACGCUCAUACUCCUUUGAAAAUCGGCAAUGAUGACACCGGAGACAUCGCAUGUGACAGCUAUCACAAAAUUGAUGAAGAUGUAGCGAUCCUGAAACAGCUGAAAGUCAACCAUUAUCGCUUUUCCUUAUCAUGGCCUCGCAUUUUCCCAGAUGGAACCACACGUUUUGUGAACGAAGCCGGAUUAAACUACUAUGUAAAGUUAAUUGAUGCUCUUCUUGAGGCUAAUAUCAAACCUCAGGUUACCCUCUAUCACUGGGAUCUGCCUCAGGCUCUGCAGGAUGUUGGUGGCUGGGAAAAUAUUACUACAAUUGAUCGAUUUGUAGAAUAUGCAAACUUCUGCUUUCAGAAGUUAGGUAAUAAAGUGAAGUUCUGGAUAACCUUGAACGAGCCUUAUAACACCGCACUCCUUGGUUAUGGAUAUGGCACAGCUGCUCCAGGUGUUGGUUCAAGAUUAGGCACAGCUCCUUAUAUUGUUGCUCACAAUCUAAUCAAGGCUCAUGCAGAGGUUUGGCAUCUAUAUAAUGAAACUUACAGAGCACAGCAAGGCGGUUUGAUCUCCAUUACUAUCAACUCAGACUGGACUGAACCAAGAAACCCUUACAAACAAGAGGAUGUUGAUGCUGCAAGAAGGCAUUUAAUGUUUUAUGGUGGAUGGUUUGCAUAUCCAAUCUUCAAAAAUGGCGAUUACAAUGAGAUAAUGAAAGCGCGUGUGAAAGAGAAGAGUUUGGCUCAAGGCUUAAGUAAAUCUCGACUCCCUGAAUUCACUGAAUCUGAAAAACAGAGAAUUAAAGGGACUUACGACUAUAUGGGGUUUAAUCACUACACCACAGUCUUGGCAUUCAAUGUCAACUUUGGAAACGCCAUACCAUUGUAUGAUGGAGACAGAGGAACAGGGACAACGACAGACCGCAGCUGGCUUGGUUCUGGAUCAUUCUGGCUGAAAGUAACUCCUUGGGGGUUUAGGAAAAUUCUUAAUUGGAUUAAAGAAGAGUUCAACAACCCGCCUAUUUAUAUCACGGAAAAUGGCAUCUCAGAGCAUGGCGAUAAAGGCCUGGAUGAUACUUGGAGAAUAAAUUAUCAUCGGAGUUAUAUAAAUGAAGUUUUGAAAGCUAUCAAUGUUGAUGGAAUCGAUAUCCGUGGCUACACCGCAUGGUCAUUAAUGGACAACUUUGAAUGGGCGAUGGGCUACGCUGAUAGAUUUGGUUUAUUCUACGUUAAUCAUACCGACCCUUCAUUACCUCGCAUUCCUAAAGCUUCUGUUAAGUAUUAUUCUUCGAUCAUUCGCUGCAAUGGCUUCCCUGAUCCUGCAAUGGGACCCAACCCAUGUCUACAGUCAGAAGAUCCUGCUGCAAGACCUUGAUGGUGAAAACCACAGCAGAAACCAUCAGUUCCAGAUCUCUUGCUCCUAACAAAUUUCAUUUUCUUAGCAAUAUCUAGUGUGAAUGCAGCAUGCUUUGUUUGGUAUUUCAAUAAUUAUGGCUGUUCUUUUUACUUAUCUUUCCAUUUAUGUAUGGAAGAGCUACAAAAUGUUUUUAAGCAAGUUAAAUGAAUGUGAUAAAACUGAACUGCAAAUGAUAGAAAUGGAAUUGAUAUUAAAUAGAAUAGUAUCCGCAAGUGUUAAAUUAUCAAUAAUCUUGAUUACUUGUGUCGCAUUAUUGCUUUUUUAUUGUAAAUCUGGUAUAUAAAACCUGAUCUGUCUUAAUAAAUUGAUUGAAAUAUUUUAACUACUUUAAA